AUGCUCGCCAGCAGCCAGAGCAAGGCAGCCACCAUGAAGACCGCGUCGAGCACCUCAGAACACAUUCGAAAGUCAAGUGUCGGCACGGCAGUAUCGACCUGGUCACGUAACACACGCUACAGCGUUCGCAUUCAACUCGUGGGCCGUCAGAUACAUAGUUCAUCGCGUCGAGGCUGUCGACAAGUGGAGUCGGUUCUCUACGUCCCCUCAAUCUUAUAUCGCAGCUUCCACGAACUGGAACGGGAGGUCUGCAGCGCCAUAUUCGGGGCUUUGUACCAACAAGGAGAAAAAACAAAUUUUGCCAUGUCCAUCGAGAUGGAACUUCUCUACCACGUCCAGGAUGGCCAGUCGGGUUAUUUGUCGCCCAAGCGUGAGAGAUUGGUUCUAGAUGAGGACAACUGGGAAGAAGGAUUGGAGCUUGUCCUGUCAGGCGAGGCCAAGAAGGUGGAGCUGCGAGCGAACUGGCAUGGAUCAAAGGGUUCAGGUCAACAAACCAAGGCUAUGUCGACCACACAGACGCCUUCGAACUUCCCAGUACACAAGAAGAUGCAGCAGCCAUCGGUGGCUUUACGCAGCCCUACCAGGACCAGCAGCAACAGCCCGAGACGUUCGGAAACCAUGUCGACCAGGAGAAGCUCGCGAAGCGAACGCGAUAACAGUCCAGUCAGUAGAACGGACAGUGGACUGGGCCAGAUGGUCGAAAUGUCGAAGUGA